AACGUUGCUGGCUUUACGUAUUAUCCAUACUCAGCAUCGUUAUAACGUAUUUUAGACCUAAAAAACAGGUUCAAUGUAAACUGCGCCAGGUGUUUUGUAGCUAUACUUUCACUAGCAAUUAGACGUGUUGGUGUGGUUUUAGCGGUGGAUGUGUUAGACGCUUGUUUGAGCUGUAGGAUGCUGUACACUGAGGGCUGUGACAGUCCACUGGACAAUCAACACAAUCUCCAGUCCAGUCGGAUAAUCAUUGCCGCCUAAAUGCAGCAGAUUAACUAAAGGUUUAGUAUUUCCGGUUGUACACAAGAAGAUGAAAGCUAACUUGUUAAAGAAAAAGUUAUCCAGAAAAAAGAAAACCAAAAAAGAGCCAUUGCCAACAAACGGCGACGAUGUUAGUAUUGACACAGGUGAAACCAAAACAUCUAUUGGCACUCAGGACUGUGCUACGAACACCUGUCCUGAGGUCACACAGAUCAAAGCAGAAGAAGGAGAGCUGGAAGCCUUGGGAGUCUUGACGGUGUCAUCUGAACAACACCAACAACAGAAGCAGCAGAAAGUCAAUCUGCAGCCUCAUCCUCCUGCUUUUAGGGCAUUCGUUCCAAAGACAGAGCCAGACUGUGUCCCUUUAAACCCACCUAGUUUUCAGGUCAAAACUGAGCCUGGCUUUUUUGAAGUGCUGCAGAGAGAGUCUACUUUGAUUGUGAAGGAAGAGAAUGAGAGCUGGAAGGAAGUGAAGCUUGAGACACUAGAUGAAAACUCUGUGGGUGAUACUGGCCUGGAGAAAAACACAGCUUCCUCGUCCCUGAUUUUUCCUUGUCCCCAUUGCUCUGUGACUUUUACUGACUUUACAUACUUGGACAAACACUUCAAAUGGUGCCAUCGAAGUGAAUACCUGGCAUGGGUGAAGAACCAUAAAGUCUUCAACUGCUCUAAAAUAUCCUCCGGGAUGCUCAGCUGCUCGUCGUGCCACUACCGGUUCUUCUCUCAAAGGCAACUGGAGACCCACGUGCGCAAGGCCCACCUCCCUACGCCUAAACCUAUUCGAAAACGCUACACCUGCCCACAGUGUGAUCGCAGCUUUAAUUACAUCGGCAACCUGCAAAACCACUGCCGCAGAUGCCAUGGCUUAUCCACGGUGUGUAAGGAUGGACAAAUUAGCUGUGCCGAAUGCAAUAAAAGCUUUGCUGGAAUCUGGGGUCUCGGACCCCAUCGCUGUCACGAGGACGAGAGAAAACCUGAGGUGGGUGUCGACGAACCGAUUUGUAUGGAUCGUGGCUAUUUGUGCCGGGACUGUGGAAAGAACUGCUCUACGCUUCAAUGUCUGACGAUACACAAACGCACUCAUACUGGCGAGAAGCCAUGCGUCUGUGACGACUGCGGCCGUAGGUUUUAUGAUAAAGGGAGUCUGCGGAAACACAAAGUCAUACACACAGGAAUCCGGCCAUACAAGUGUCCCGAAUGUGGUAAAGAGUUUGCAAGGAUGGCCCACCUCAGAUGCCAUCUGCGAACCCACACGGGCGAAAGGCCGUACCCUUGCUCUCAAUGUGGGAUGAGGUUCAGCCACCUAUCAACGUUUCGAAUCCACCAACAAGUUCAUUCUAAGGAAAAAACAUUUUCAUGCCCUGACUGCGGCAAGAUGUUCUCCGCUCUGCGGUACGUGAAGGUCCACCAAAGAGCGCACAAUUCUGAGCGAAUGCUGCAGUGUAGAGAAUGUACGAAGACGUUUACACGUGAAGAUGUGCUUAAGAAACACCUACGCAUUCACACGGGCGAACGCCCGUAUCAGUGCAACGUCUGCACCAAACGUUUCGUCCGAAUCUCGCACCUGAAAAACCACAUGCGAACGCAUACUGGCGAGAAACCGUAUCGCUGCGAGCAGUGCGGCUCCAGCUACGCCCAAUCCGGCGAUUUGACCAAACACAUGAGGAGACACACUGGCGAAAAACCCUUUGCUUGUUCUGAUUGCGACCGCCGCUUCAACAACUCGGGCGACCUGAGCAAGCACAGGCGCAGUCACACGGGCCACAGACCCUACAAGUGUAUGGAGUGUGGGAAGAGUUUUCUCAUGCCCCAGCAUCUGAAGUUACACAAACUGACACACACCGGCGAGAGGCCGUACAGCUGCCCGAAGUGUCUUCGGACCUUCACUCGGCCGCACCAUCUUUCUCAACACAUGGAAAAGCACACAUAAGGAUGGAUGGAGGAUGGAUAUAGCUGCACUACUUCUGUCUAAUCUAAUCUGUCUAAUGAAUUAGGAGUUCAUUGAUGAAUUGGAAAUCAGUAACUGAACCCAGACAUAUAGUCUUCCGUUCUGGACUGCCUUUAAAAGUUUAACAUUAUAGUUAUUUUGCAUGCACAACUCCUUUGGAGAGUCGAUUGAAUAGAAUUAAUGAAUUACACUUAUUUUUUGCACUUAUCUGGCAAAAAAAGCACCAGACAAACUACUUUAAAGUGUCUAUUUAAAGGGACAGUUCACCCAAAAAUGAAAAUUCUGUUAUUAAUUACUCACCCUUGUGUCGAUCAAAACCCGUAAGACCUUCGUUCAUCUUUGGAACACAAAUUAAGAUAUUUUUGAUGAAAUCUGAGAACUUUCAGACCCUCCAUGGACAGCAAGGAUACUACAACGGUCACAGAAACGUAGUAAGGACAUUGUUAAAAUAGUCCAUGUGACAUCAAUGGUUUAACUGUAAUUUUAUGAAGUCCUUCGCCAUUAUCGAGAGUACCAAGAGAGAAGAAAUCGUUGAAGGAAGUCAUUAUUUUUGUUUUCUUUGCACACAAAAAGUAGUAGCUUCAUAGAAUUAUGUUUGAACCACUGAUGUCACAAGGACUUUUUUUUUUUUUUUUU